GAAAUCCAAAACAGAAACAGAAAUACCUGGAAAAACGCAGCAGUAUUCUAGCCAGAUGAGCAGGGUGGAUGGAAUUUCAGAUCAUCCCAGUGUCCCAAUAGGUGGACAACAGCCCAUCCUCGAGUACAGAAGAACUCCUCAGCAGGCAUCUCUUGGAGACAAUGCCAUGUUACAAGACAACACCAGCGAAGUUGGCAUCUUGCAGGACAGCUCUGUCAGUCAUGAGAUGGUGGGCUCUCACCGCCUCCUGCAGAGCGGAACAAUCAGCCAUCAGGGAAUGAUAACUGACAGCGACCCGAUGACUCAGAACACCAUGAGAAGCGCAGAUGGACCGGACAGUCAUGCUGUUGUUACUGUAACACAGAAUUUGCCGUGUGCACCCCAAGUAUUGGGGAAAAGCAGGGUGCUUGAAGGAGUUGAACAGCUUGAUGGAAAGAAACAGACAGAGGAAGAUGACCUAGAAAAGUUGAGAGAAAAUGAAAACCUUCUGAAGCUUGGAGAGAAUGAAGAAUUAUUGAAGCUCAGACAACAUGAAGAAUUGAUGAAACUUAGAGAACAUGAAGAAUUGAUGAAGAAACAAAAGAGUAAAAAAAUCCGUACUCCUUCUAAAAUUCUGGUAGUCGGUGAAGAUGGGUCCUUCCUGGUUAAAUCUCCCAAGACUCACAUCUGCGAGCAAUGCAGCGCAGCCUUCCGGACUAACUACCACCUGCAGAGGCACAUCCUCAUCCACACAGGUGAGAAGCCAUUCCACUGUGAUGAAUGUGACAUGAGGUUUAUUCAGAAGUACCACAUGGAACGACACAAACGGACACACAGUGGGGAGAAACCAUACCAGUGUGAAUACUGCCUACAGUAUUUUUCUAGAACUGAUCGUUUGCUUAAACACAGAAGAAUGUGCCAUGAAAAUCAAGGGAAAACUCCUGGCAAAAACCCAGCUAUGAAAACUGAGCCAAUUAUACUCGCAAUCAAUGCAGAAAACAGAUUCCUGUCACCCCCAAAAGACAUCAUCAAUCCAAGGAAAAAGGUCAAAACUGCAGAGAAGCCAGCACUGGUGACUUCUGAUAAAGAGGAGACUGGUAACCCAGCAGAGGUUAAAAUGGAUAAGGGUGAUUGUGUAGAAUAUUAUACCAGCAACUUGAAGGUGAAGGAUGAGUAUAAAGUGGAGCAAUGCUCACUUGUGAUUGCACAGUCUUCACACAGUAAUGAUCACCUAGGGGAAGCAUAUCAGAAUCAGAUGAACUUGCAUCCAACAAAGCUUGUUCUGAAGAAGGUAGUAAGCUCAAAGAAAAGUCAAAAGACAGCAGAAGAGUUGAAUCAGACCUUACCUGUUUCUGCCAACUUUGAUGCCACGAAAGUCAACAAAUAUACCUACGCUAUGAUAGACAACCCUGACCUUCUGGCCAUGGAGGGUCAUAGUGCUGAUCAGGGUCAAGAUGCUUCACGCAAACCAGGUGGCAGCAACAGCAACUAUGAUGAUGCAAUGCAGUUUGUAAAGAAGAAGCGAUUCUUGCAAGGGACUAGCAGCACCAGCAGAGAGUAUGCCUUAACUGUGGGCCAGAUCCCAAUCCAACCAGCUGUAACACAGGCAGCCAACACUAAUGUUGGGGAAAACAGUGGUAGCACAUCUAUGCUGGUGCAGCCCAAUAACACUGAGCCGAAAAGCAGUCAGGACAAAAGCGGAAUUCCUGAUGAAGUUUUGCAGACUCUGUUGGACCACUACACCAACAAGGCAAACGGGCAGGUUCCGUUUUCUGUCAGUGAUACCCAAGUCACUUCAAAUAUAACUGUGAGCUCUACAGAUAUCACUAACGUGCCUCCAUCAGAGCGAGUCAAUGAGAGUUCCCAGCCAGCAGCCACAGACAACAUUAACAUGCUCCAUGAAUAUUCAAAGUUCCUCCAACAAGCUUUGGAAAGGACUUGCCACAAUGAUAGCUACUCGACUGAGCAAGGGCUUGCAUACGAGACUGAAACUCACCCCCUAACUGGAAGCCUUCCGGUGCAGCCUCUGUUUUCUACUCUAGAGCGACAGGUUUUUGCCACCAUGGUUACACAGCACGGCUUCAGACCUGAAGUGGGCUCCCCAUUGAGGUUACCAUCGCAAAAGUCUCAGUACAGUUUAUUAGCUGGUGAAUCUCAGCAUCCUUUUGCUUUCAUACCAACUGUAACUAGCAGCAACAGCAUCUCUACGCCGCCAGAUUUCAUAGAGCAGGCUAAUACACAGAAGAAGCAAGAGGAACCCCCAGGUCAUCGCAAUCACCAAAUGGACACAUUUGGUCAAGACUCUAGAUUCUCAGCUACUGGAGGAGAAAUGACCCCGUCAUUCAACAACAGUACCAGUGGACAGGUGAACCUAAGGAUCCGACAAGGCAGCUCAGACUUCUCUGAGUUUUCUUUGGUAAACGUGCCAGAGGGCAGGGAUCAAAUGAGUGCCUCACCAGAUGCCGCAGGGGGCCAAGCCUUUAGAUCAGUAAAGGUAUUUUAUUGUGGCGCGCUUGAGCAGACCUAAAUGUGGAUCUUUGAACACUAAUGCUUUAUUCAAAACCACAAGUAGGAGCAAGGGGAAAGCUGACUGACUACUUCGUGGCUGCUGAUACCUGAUCACAGAACAGCAUUGUUGGUGCUCAUGAAGAGAAGUCUGUGGGCCUGAUCAUCUUGGCUGAAGAGAAGUAUGUGACUUUUUUUGGAAGAGGGAAGAGUGUACACCCUGCAAGAUGAGAAAUGCUUUACGUUUUUUCAAGUGUUUGCAUGUUUCAAAUUGCUUAGUCACCACUUGGAGUGAGUGAAGCCCAACAACUGUACAGUAACAAGCUGCAGUCACCACCAGAGCACCUCAUUCACCUACGUUUUUGUGAUUUACUGAUUUGGUAAAGAGGUAACAUCUUUUUGAAUGUGCACUGGGCAAAAAAUCUUCCAGUUGCACAAUGGUGCAUAUUACUGGUGCUCAAUGGCUUUUAGCUACAAGGUGCAAGUUACUGUAUGGAUUGUCUUCUGAAGUUAUCACACUUGCCACAAUCUCUUCAAACCUUUGGCCCUCCCUAUUACAUUGAACAACUUAUUUUUUUCUCUGGGGUGGG